AUGGGACCAUCCUUGAUACAGUCAAAAGCACACAGUUCUUUAUACAAAUCAUUAUUUGCUGAAUCUGGCUAUCCUAUGUUAGGUGACAUACCGCUGCUAAACCGUAAGAUAUUCAGAGCCACGCGCGUGACAAUCAGGGAGCAUCCAUACAUUGUCAGUAUUCGUAGGAAAUAUGUUCAUUAUCUGACUGGCUGCUUACUAACAAAAAAUUUGGUUCUGACUGUGGCACACCCCUUAUACCGUGUACCCAUAACUGAACUAAACGUAGUUGUUGGAGAGAAUUAUUCAGAUCGUGGUACCACAUUAUUGACAAUUGUAUUACUCCUCAUUCACAAGAACUUCGAUCCUUACACUUUGAAAGCGGAUAUAUGUAUUUUGCGGUUUUACGAAGAUAUUGUCAUAAGAUCAUCGUCAAAGACUAUCGCUUUGAUGGCUCCAACGGGUACUUUGGCCGGGCGAGCGUUUGUAACAGGAUGGGGCCGUUGUGAUUUCACGGACCAAGAUCUGUGUUUACCACGGUCAUCUAUUUAUUUUCCCGAUGAAUUGGUGGAUCCAAUGCUGCGAUCUAUUUCUUUUGUAAUUAGUUCGCCAAAUAAUGCUUGUGACGUUUACAGACAGCAUGACAAUCACAUCCGUAGAGGAAUGUUAUGUGUGGGAGAUUCAAGACAUAUGAAACCAGUGGCACCAUGUUUAGGGGUGCCAGGUGCAGCGCUGAUAAUUCGUGGUAAACUGGUUGGCCUUCUAUCUUGGGGACUAGGUUGCGGCUACGCACACGACCUCCCACUAAUUUAUACGAACAUACAGCAUUAUUUCUCGUGGUUGGUAACAAACGUUGAAUUUUUAAAGAACAUCACCCGUCAACACAUUAAGGAAUUAUUCGUGGUAACAAAAUCCUAUAAACUAUCAGUUUGGCUACAAAGGACAAGAGAACAAGUCAUGGUGCAGCCAGAAAGGCGAUAUAAUUUACAACCGCUAUCCAUUGAUACGACUCUGUCGAAAUUAGAAGGACGACUAUAUGAUAUAAGAGACUUCAUAAAUAAUGGUACAUAUCGAUCAGAAAAAAAAGAAAUGUAUAAGGAAAUGAAAUUGCAACACAAUAUGACGGCUAUUCAUUUUCACAAUAUACCCCUAAAGACAGAUCCUUUUCUUAGCAAUGAGAGCCUCCACGAUGAAAUAGAAUAUGACUAUGACUCGGACGUUGAAGAUCAAUUUGAUUAA